AUGACUGUUAUAAAGACAGAACCAACAACAGAAGUGACAUUAUAUUCUCCACCAUCAAAAGAAUCUUUAAGUAAAGAUGACGCCCACAGAAAAAAACAAAAUAAUAAACCACCUUCGAGUAUAAAUAGCCGCUCAGGACCAAAUAAGCAUAAACUUGCCGCCAAAGCACCGGAAAAGAAAAUCAAUAACACAGAUAAACAAGACCUCUCUGCCUUUUUAUUAAAUCCUUCCCUUAUUGUUAAACCUUCUGAGAGCAAAAAAAAAGAAAAUAUUGUGGCCUAUAAUGAUACACCAGGUAUAAAAACAGAACAUACAGCGUUUCAGCCGCUGACACCAAUUUCGAAAAAAAGGGCCCUGAAAGAGAAAGCAGCAUCAGAAAAAUGUGAUAGCUUUGAUCUUUCCAGAGACGAGAAGCCUUAUAUUCAGAAAAAGUCAAAGACGCUUUCUUCCGUCACAGAGAUUAAUUCCUCAGAAUAUAAACUCUCACUAAAUGGCGAAAAUACAUCAUCCCCAGCUAAGGAAAAAUCGCAAGAACCCAUAGAAAAUCCUGGAAGUUACCAAAAAACAAGAAAUUACCUUUUUGAAAAGCCCGAUCCUUUAGACACGUGCCUUCAGGACUACUCGAGUAUGCUACCGUCAAAUGUAGCAGAAGAAGAUCAAGAAUAUUUUAUCAGCGUAGCUGAUUCGACAUUGGAGGAGUGGACUAACAAGGGCCAGGAAAUUAUUGACCAACAGUUCCAGCUCUACCAAGAAAUAAUCAAGAAACGAAUAGAACUAAGCUACAAAUUUAAGGGUAUUAUUUCUGUAAUCAAUGAUAGGGCAGAUGCCCUAGAAGAACAGGGUCAACAACUAGAAGGAAAAAUUAAGAAAGUUAAAACUUUGGCUAAUGAAAUUCUCAAUAUUAUAUAA